GAAUUUUUGUCUGCUACACAAAAUAAGUUGCUGCAGAUAGUCCUCCUGGUGGAGAAGACGGAAUGUCGACUAGUGAACAUGUAUGCCCGUACGAGGGCUGUGGGAAAUCGUUUCCGAAGCUGUGGAGAUACGAGGAGCAUCUCUGCUCGCAUUCUGGAGAGCGCAAGUUCAGUUGUUCUCACGAGGGCUGUGAUAAAUCAUACGUGCGAAAAUAUCACUUGAAACGCCACGAGCAAAGUCAUAAUGAAAAUCGCCAGUUCAAGUGUACAGAAGAAGGCUGCGAUGCAUCAUUCAACUCCCAGCAGCAUCUUCACCGUCACGUUGUUCAGCACCAGGGCCCCGCACCCUACAAAUGUACGCACCCAGGCUGCCCUGCUGCCUUUGCUAAGCGCAGUCAGCUGAAGACUCACAGUGUGCACCAUGCUGAAGUGAAGCCGCACAGAUGUACGUUUGAUGGCUGUACGGCUAGCUUUGUGACGCCAAGCAAGCUGGCAGCUCAUGUACAGCGCCACACCACGGCAGGUUAUAUAUGCUCAUCGUCAGGAUGCAACGUGUCCUUUGCCAAGUGGACGGAGCUGAGGUCGCAUAUUGCAGAGAAUCACCAGAAGAAGGAGUGUAAUGUCUGUCAGAAACAGGUCAAGAGCUGCCGUAUGAGUCGGCAUAUGAGAAUACACUCGGAGAGUCGCGAGCUAUUCCCGUGUCCCUGGGAAGGCUGUACGAGGACUUACACCAAGGUCUACAAUCUGCAGUGUCACGUUCAGUCCUUUCACGAAAACGCCCGUCCGUUCAAGUGCACGGUGGAGGGCUGCAAGAGAUCCUACGCUUUGAAAGUAUCACUGGACAGACAUGUUGCGAAUCACAGCCGGCCGAAACGACAGUCUAAGCCGAAGAAGAAGUUGACGGCGGCGCACCUUCUAUCUGGUCACUUCACACCGCAUCGCAAGAUGACACGCAACCUAUCCUCACCGCCCACUGCUGGCGCUGUAGACUCUACUGAAGUCGACCCUGCUGCAGUUGCACUCAGCGGCGACGAAGAGGAGAUGAGUGAGGAAACACAGUCCGACACGUCGGCCAGUGACUGGACAGCACCGUCGGAUAGUGAAGAGGAGGAAAUGACCGAUGACUCGUGACGAAUGGAAGCUGUGUUAGACCUCUAGCCUUUUGGAAUUUCAUCGACACCCAACAGACAUCUUUAGCAGUAUAUUGAAUUCGCUGGUGGUGGAUGUGUGGCUAUUAUGUCACAAGGUAACUUAUCGUUAAGUCGGUAUAGCCGCCUGGUAAUCAUCUUCAUGUUCUUGCAGCCAUAGUGACAUGCCAGACAAACGUAGUGCCGAUGAUGUAAGCUAGUCUUGUACUAUGACAUGGUGACACUCGUCCUAAAGCCACUCCUGCCAAGCAACAUUGCUUCAUUCGUCCACAACUAGACCUGUUGAGCGGUCAUUGCUUCAGCUCUCUGGGCCCGUACCUGCCAAGUAUGCACUGCUUCAAUCGGCCCCGACUACUACGGCUUAGCGUGUUGAGCAGCCACACAACCA